AUGUCCAUUCCCGAAAAGGUAAACUUGACUACCGGCACCGGUUGGGGUUCAGGUCCAUGUGUGGGUAACACUGGUUCCGUCCCUCGCCUCGGUAUUCCUUCGUUGUGCUUACAAGAUGGACCGAAUGGAGUGAGGUUCACAGACUUCGUAACCCACUUUCCCUCUGGUUUGGCCGCUGCAAGUACCUUCAACAAGGAGCUCGUGUACAAGCGUGGGAAGGCCAUUGGACGCGAGCAUCGUUCUAAAGGAGUUCACAUCGCUCUUGGACCCUCGAUUGGGCCUAUCGGCCUCAAAGCUAAAGGUGGCCGAAACUGGGAAAGUUUUGGCGCAGACCCUUACUUGCAAGGAAUCAUGGGGGCCCAAACAGUCAAGGGAAUUCAGGAAGAGGGUGUUGUUGCCGUUGCAAAGCACUUGAUAGGUAAUGAACAAGAGCAUUUCAGACAAGUUGGCGAGUGGGACCACGGUGACUAUGACAGACUUGAUCUGUCGAUCAGUUCCAACAUUGGCGACAGAGCAAUGCACGAAGUCUAUUUGUGGCCAUUUGCUGACGUUAUCAAGGCCGGUGUUGGCGGGAUAAUGUGUGCUUACAAUAUGGUCAACAACACCUAUGCCUGUGAAAAUUCUCAGCUCCUCAACUACUUACUCAAGGAAGAACUUGCCUUCCAGGGAUUUGUUGUGUCAGACUGGGGUGCUCAGCAUACCGGAGUAACGUCGGCAUUGUCUGGACUUGACAUGACUAUGCCUGGCGAAGUGUUUGAUGACUGGCUCGGAGGAAAGUCUUACUGGGGACCACUUCUCACUAGAGCAGUUUACAAUAAGACGAUACCUCAGGAUCGGCUCAACGACAUGGCUGCCAGAAUCCUAGCUCCUUUCUUCUCAUCAGAGCAUCUCUCUCUUCCCUCUUGUGAAGAAGUCCCGAACUUUAGUUCCUGGACUCACCAUACCUAUGGCCAGCAGUAUCCUUAUCAGCACUUUGGAGCAAUCGUGCAAUAG